AGGAGUUUUUUGAAAAGAGAAGGAUGCAGAAGAAGCUGAUUCAUCUGCAGCCACCAGCAUCACCAAAGGGAGGCAACGCUGGCAACAUAGACCUGCUUACAAUGUUUAUUGUCAACCAGAUUGCAUUAAAGAAAGAACACACUGGUAAACCUAAAAUAGCUCAUCUGACCAGUUUGAAAGGAACUCAAAAAUGUAUGGGACAGGAGCCCUUAGAGUUGCCAAUGAGUCCUUGCUCUCCAUCACGCUUGAGCCUGGUACAAAGCGAGCCACAUUACAGUGUCCACACGGUGGGUUUGAAAAAGAGAAAACAGAGUCUUCUGGAAGAGUUCAAGUUUAAGGCGCUCUCACCUGUGUUGGAAGCCAACCAGUCUGACAACAGUGCUUCAGACUAUAAGCAAAGACACCACCAUCAUCAGGGCAGUGUCAGUUCCUUCUCUUCAGCCUCCCCAACCCCUUCAGAGGCCUUUCAGUCCAAAUCCACGUACCACAUCUCCUCUCCAUCUUCAUGGGAGCCCUCUUGCACAACAACCGUUCAGUUUACACAUUUCUCCAAGCCAAUGGGGGUAUAUACGUGUGAUCCUUGGGCAACUGUGCCUCAUCAAACACAACCUGCUCAGAUCAGCCCAGCAGCUGGAGCCCAGUUUGGCCGCACAUUAAAUAGCACAGAAAACAAUGGGCCUUUGAUAUAUUCAGCUGAUGACUACCCACUUAACUCUUCAGAAAGGAAUGAUCAGCAAGACAAGCCACUAUUCUUGGGGUUCAGCAGCGAAGGAUAUGAAGGUCAAGACCUUUUUAGUGAAAGAACAAUUAAGAUUCACCUUCAGGAGGAGCCAUCCCCUCCACCUACAGGAGCACAUGAUUUCAGUGAAUCAUUCAACAGGGACUACAGUGCUGAUUUCUUGCCUCAGCCUCUUGUUUCAAAGCAGGGAUUUACAUUUGCUGACUGCAGACCAUGUAGUGCACAUAGCAGUGUCUGCAAAAAUUCCUAUGAAGUGCCAAUAGGCUAUUCUCCAAGAGUGGGCUGCAUCAGUCUGGAUACCACUGAGACACAAAGUGUCAGAAUACGUGAGAAGACAUCUCCAAGGACACGAGAUACGGGAACACAAACUGCAGCUGUUGCCACUUCAACAUCUCAAGAUGUUUCAGUACAGUGUUGUCUUUUGAAAGCAGAAAAGAGGCUGAGUAUUUCCACUGAGCACACAGUUCCCCAUAACAGUGCACAUAAGAAAAAGAAAGCUACCGCUUUCACCACUAGGAGGCAGACUAGUAAAAGCAAUGAAAGUCUUCCAAAUGUUACUCAGUGUACUCUAUCAGAAAUCCAUAAAGUAAAGUGGAACACGCCCUGGAAGAUGCCAACAACAAGGGAGGCCACACAGCAGGCACCAGCAGCAAUCACAGGACAGGAAAGUUCAUGCAAAACUGUGAUUCAAGCAUGCGCAAGCCAACAUCCCUUACCUACACUUCACUGCUCCUACGCUAAUGCCCCAGAAACAAAAGUGAAUCUGCCAGGGAAUAUGGUGGUGAGAGGAGAAAGGUGUGAAGGUCACAAGGAGGCAAGCGUGAAUCAAAACCCUGCUGAGAUCGCCUGGAGCACAGAGGGACACGGCAGAGAAGGUGUGAACUGGGUCUCUGGGGAGACGGAAACUCUUCAGGAAAUUGCAGACAUUCUGCUGAUGCUCAAGCAGAAAAAUAAGCAUCCAUGAUAAGGGAGGAUGACUCAGACUUGCUUUGUAUGUUGUAAGUUGACAUCUGUUGCUAUUUUAUGUGCUCUUAGGUGCACUGCAUUUACUUGAUUGAAUGAUUAAAUGAUUUCCACAUGAAUAAAAUUAAAAUUUUACUUAUUUACUCUGAUUACCUACUUUUGAAUAAUAGCGUUGAAGUAAUAUAUUUUAUUCAUUUGGAAAUAAUUUUGAAUCAAGCUAAUUCAGUGCAUCCCUUUUUUCAGUGUAGCCACUUAUGUGUCACAUUGCCUUCAUGUGGCAUAGUUGAAUACUACACAGUAUCCUUUGAGAGUUAAAAAACAAAAUUUUACUUGGACAGUUAUUUCUUUUUUAUUGUUUAAAUUUUCAAAUGUCAUGAAUAUAUUUAGUUUUAUACAAUAUAAAUCUAGCAAAACAUUUACAGCAACAAUAAUCAAAUUUACUGUACAACACUAUCCAUAUUUUAUAUUCACUAGUUUUCAUUGACUGUAGAAACACUGCUUUGUAGAUAAUAAAGGUAAUAAUUUAACAUAAAAAAAAAAACACGCACACACCCAUUCACUAGAAACAUUAGCUGUGUCACUUCAGAGUAACACAAUGAGUUGCUGACUUUGGAGCAUUCUCCGUAGUCAAGUACAUUCUAAAAACACAUAUCUGACACGCUGUAAUCUCUGAUCGGUAAAGCUCUGUUUUCACAGAGUCAUGAUAAACAAGCAUGAAUGUAUUACACUCAACCAUCUCCUCCCUUGGUUUAAUGCCAUAAUCAGAACUGAUAUGAGCUGACCUGAUUAAAAUCGCACUUCAACACUGUCACUUUAUAGUGUGCUUCUCCCUUUUGCCCAAACUCAGCAUGCUUCAGUGUUAAACAUGAAAACACAAUCAUGUAUCAGUUUGCGCUAA